UGCGAAUAUAAUCACCAGUAAAGAGAGAGGUUUAUUGCUGUUUACAUUGUUAUGAGCUGUAUUUUGCUGAUAUGCUGGAUCGUGGUUUGAUAUUGCUGUUUACCAACUGUUUAUAUUUUGAGCUGGCGUGGUCUGCUAUCAGCUCUGUGUAUUGUAUUUGUAGAGCCUGUCUCCGCUCGAUUCAGGGACCAGAGCCGGUCAAUAAGAGCUGUAUAAUCACGACUGCUGGAGAAGAUAACACAAGUAUGCUAUCAGAGGAGGAUAGGAAAGAAGAAGUGGAAGGAAGGUGUCUACAAGAGGCAGAUAGCUGCGACGACAUGCGCGCGUACCGUAUACAUGUAACAACUCGAGCAUGAAGUGAAUAAACAGAUAAGAUGCAGAUAAAAAGAAAAUAAUCAGCAAUUCUCGAUUGCAAAUCCAUUAACAAAAACAAA